AGUGACUUUUCUUCUCGACCCCAGGAGGUGGUGGUUGAUGAUCGCGUUCACUUUCUUUGAGCCGUGGCAGAAGACGGUCUGGGGGGUAGAAGAGGUGUCAGAAGAAACUGGAGGGCCUCUCACUGUGGUUCUGCAGCUCAGCCCGCGAGCUCUCCCUGAAAUGGGCGCCACCAACAUCAUCGUCAUCAGUUUUCUCUCUCUAGUCUCAGCAUCUCUCAGGCCACAGCAAGAAGCGUCGAAAGAGAUUGAACAAUCGAUUCAGGAACUGGUGACCGAGCGCAACGCGACCCAGAGGCUCCUCUUCGACGAUAUCUUCUUCGGCUUCUCGGACACGGACGCGGAGGAGAAGGAAACGCCAUCGAACUGUUCUUGUAAGUGCGGACUGGUGAACCAAGAGAUCAGGAUUGUCGGUGGAAGGCCGACGGGGGUCAACAGAUAUCCGUGGGUCGCCAGAUUGGUCUACGACGGCCAGUUCCACUGUGGCGGAAGCCUACUCAACGGUGAUUAUGUCCUCACAGCAGCCCAUUGCGUUCGAAGGCUAAAGCGCUCUAAGAUUAGAGUUAUCCUAGGCGAUCACGACCAGUACGUCACCACUGACAGCCCGGCGAUUAUGCGAGCCGUGUCAUCAAUAAUCAGACACAGAAACUUCGACGUCAACUCGUACAAUCAUGACAUAGCCCUCCUGAAACUGAGGAAGCCGGUGUCUUUCACCAAGAACAUCCGUCCAGUCUGCCUUCCCAACUCAGCCAUGGAUCCUGCCGGCAAAGUGGGAACAGUGGUCGGAUGGGGCAGAACUUCGGAAGGGGGCAACCUGGCCAACAUUGUCCAAGAGGUUCAGGUACCGAUUUUGACUCUGCAGCAGUGCCGCGCGACUAAAUACAGGCCUAGCAGGAUAACACCCAACAUGGUCUGCGCCGGGAAAGGUAUCCAGGACUCUUGCCAGGGUGACAGCGGAGGCCCCUUGCUGUUGAACACCGAGGGAGAAAAGUUCGAGAUUGUUGGGAUUGUUUCGUGGGGAGUUGGCUGCGGAAGGCCUGGCUACCCAGGCGUUUACACGAGGGUGACCAGUUAUCUAAACUGGGUGAGACGUAACAUGAAAGACGCUUGUGCUUGCGUCAGUUAGUGCUGUGAAAAAAACUACAUUUCAAAUUGUGAAGACUGAACUUCAGGAAAACAUCGAAAUAAAAAAACUCGUCUUACAGAGUGAAAUUUUCUCGGAUGUGAUCUUCAUUAUAAUUACUACUUAUAAACUUUAUUUCGAUUAAAUUUGCAUGUGAUUACUUAAAUAUAUCAAAAAAAUCAAAAUAUUUAUAUUUAAUUUAUUCAAUUUUAGCUUUAAGGUUCCAACUCUCUUCUGUUAACUGUCACAAUGCCAAAAAUACCGUUUUCCUUGUUUUAGUGUAAUUCAGUAGUGUAAUAAAUUAAUUUGAUAAGGAUUUUUGUAAUUUUAAAUUUCUAUAAUUAUAUUUAAGGACCUCACUAUAUUUAUAGUGCCUGGUGGUAUUAGUCUACCAUUAUUCAUUUAUUAGAAAAUUUUAAUUUUAGGAUAAUAAUUUGUUUCUUUUGUCUUCUAGUUUUAAACGCUCGCUAUUUAAUUGUUUUAAUCUUAAACCUAAACAGAUUUUGUACAGUUUUGAAUCAUUGUAAAUAAUGAUAUGUUUUAAACAAUAAUGAUUUAUGUUUUAUUAUCUUUUAAAGCGAAGCAAUUAGAUAAACCAUCUUGAUCUUGUCUGUUCAAAACAUGUCACUGAAAUAUGUUAAGAAAAAUAUUUUCUUGUUUGUUAACAGUUUUUAAAAAAAAAAUUUCUUUUUGAUGUGAAUGCAAAUUGAUUGCAU